UCAUCUGUAAGUAUAUACCCGUAUACUAUCUUCAUAUGCAUCCUUCUCUUAAUUUGUUUGCUCAAACCACAUACCUCAUGAUAUGAUGUUUAAGUUGCUGAAAUCACAUCCGACAUGCUUUGGGAUUAAUCCGAAUCAUUACGCGAUCAUCUGUUGUCCAUACAUAAUCGCAAUUGAUCGAAUUGCAAGAUCUGUUUCCCAUCGAUUAUAUAAUGACAAGGCAUCCAGGUUUCAAUUUGAAAACAAAGCUGUUCUAAGUGUCCUACCUUUGUAUUUGCUGCUCCAGCUGGUUAUCUGUGAAGUUACAUUCCUUGUGGAACUUGGAUGGCAAGGCGAGAAAAAAAACCAUGGUCUAAAUGGGAUAUACUGGCUUUUACUUCUUAACGUGGGAAUAUAUGCAGUGGAUUAUGUGUUCGAGCCAACGAUGGUCAAAAAACUAUAUUUGUACCACUAUCAGCCUGCUUGCUACCAAUUUGUGACUGCGGCAGUUUGUCAUGCUAGCUGGAAGCAUCUCUUUGGCAACCUAUUUGACUUGUACUUUUUCGGAAAGGUUAUUCAGGAGGAGUCUGGAGACUUUGCACUGUGGGUUUGGUAUAUUCUGACAGGGUUUAUGGGUAACGUUAUGUCAUGGUUCAUUCUCCCAGAGAACACAAUCUCUGUUGGAGCCUCUGGUGCUGUAUACGGCCUCUUUGCUAUUAGUCUUUUUGUCAAGAUGCAUUUUGUAUGGACGGAUAUGGUUGUACUGCUCAUCCUUGCCUACGACUUUCAGUCAAGGGUGAGAAUUGAACUACAGUAUUCAGUGGAAUUGUUGGAGAUCAAUCAACGUUAUCGACGGCCUACCGGUCACAUUGCUCAUGUGUCAGGUGCUGUCACAGGUGUAAGUUUGGGAUGCCUCCGUGCCAUGGUGCCUAUGCUCGUUCUGAACCUUGCGAUCAAGGUAUAUUAUAUUUCAAUCCCCCAAUCAAGAUUGGCUACAGAUGGACACUUAAACUGAUGGCAACACAAACUACAUGUGUUCUAAAGGAUAGGAGAUCAAAUUCAUACUGUUGUUGCUGCUACUUGUACUA